AUGGAUACUAGCUACCUAACGUCGCAGGUCUCGACGAUCAUAGAUGAACUCCAUGGCUUGUUCGACGAAAUCGGUGUUCCAUCGAGAGAGCGAGAGUCUCGAGAGGCAGAGUUAUUCGCUGCCCUCUCCGAGACCUUACACAACCAAGUACAAUUAGUCGCGAACGAAAAGAAUGAUUUGUCAGAAGAAGCACGCCGAAUUAUUACGACCAUUAAGCAGAUGGAAACUUCCCUUGAUGAUAACAAAGACCAUCAUGAAUACGAAUCCGAAGAUGAUGAUCUCAAAAUUACAUAUCCAUUGACGCAAUGUUUACAAGUUUUAAAAGAAAAACAUCUACGUAUAUCAAAGAUACAUAAGGAGAGAUUUGAACAGGUCAAGAAACUUGUCCAAGCUCUUGAGUCAUAUUCAUCGCAUUUAGAGCCAUCUUUCAUUAAAAUCGAACUUCCACCUACAUCUCCAAACGCGAUUGUUCCUCCUACGUUCGACCUUUCUAAUAAUUACGUCACCGAUCUCGAUGAUGAAUUUACCCGUGUCUACGAUGAAUAUACCCGCCGUGUCGCAUUAGUGAAGACUACCGCCGAAAACAUUAUUCAACUAUGGGCUGAACUGGGCACCCCACAAGCUCAAACCGACAGCGCGAUUGUUAAAUACUAUCGAGAUGCGCCAGAGCAGCUUGGUCUGCACGAAGAUGAUAUUUCCAGAUUGCGCAUGAAGCAAAGCAAGCUAGUGGAUGAGAAGAAGAGUCGUGAGAAGCGUUUGCGAGAUCUUCGUAUUACUGUGGAAGCCUUGUGGGUAAAGCUGGGUGUCGAAGAGCCCGAGAGGAAACGAUUUCUGAAUGGCAACCGGGGAUUUGGCAUGCGACAAAUUAACGAGUUCGAAGAUGAAUUGUCAAGGUUAAAUGAUCUCAAGAGACAAAAUCUACAUUUAUUUGUGGAGGAUGCCCGAUACAAAUUACAAGAGCUAUGGGAUGGACUAUUCUUUUCCGAGGAAGAGAUGCUCGAGUUCACCCCUGCGUUCUCAGAUGUAUACAGUGAUGCUCUCUUGGAGGCCCAUGAACAGGAAAUUGGACGUCUAGAAGUUCUCAAAGAGCAACGUGCACCUACGUUAGCUCUCAUCGAGGAACAUCGAUCACUCGUCAAAGACAGAGAUGACCUUCAAGCAUCGUCACAGGAUGCUAGUCGUCUAAUGAUGCGUGGUCAAAAGGGUGAAAAGCGUGAUCCAACUCGCUUGUUGAGAGAGGAAAAGAUGAGGAAGAGAAUUGCUAAAGACUUACCAAAGAUUGCAGCAAAAUUGAGAAAAGUUCUGGAGGAUUGGGAGGAUGAAUAUGGACGUCCUUUUAUGGUCCAUGGUGAAAGAUACCUUGAUGAACUAGAAACUUCCGAGGUCAAACCUGCUCCAGGACCACGCUCGAAGACACCAGCUGGACCGCCUCCAAAUUCCAUGAAGCCACCUCCGAAAACCAUUACUAAGGCUGGAACGCUAGGCCGUUCUAACAGCGCGCCAAGGCCUGGCCCUCCAAGUAGAGCUGGUGCUAGAACGCCAACUGCAGGAGGAACAUUGAAGAGACAUCAAUCUUCCGCUUCAGUAUCUGCAGCAAGUGGUACAAGAUCACCUUCUAGGCUCCCAUAUCGUAUGCCUUUGUCAAAUCUUAACCUUCCCAACUCUCCAGAACGCAAUCAUCGACGGACUGAAUCUAUGCGACCUGAAUCAAGACAAGCAACUAGCACAAUUCGUGGUAAAAUGGGUCCACCUCCAUCAAGAGCUCCACCUCCAAAGAUGCGUGAACUAUUUGAACCACCUCCAUCAGCUCCUCCCACCCAAACAUAUUAUCACCGCAAUGAGAGCUUUGCUUCUUCAAGCAGUAGCGUUAGACCAAUUUCUCCGGAAGAUGUAUUUGAACAUACAGCACCAAAGGCUAAAGAAAGACCUCAAUCAUAUCAGGAUUUGAGAUCAUCAAUGCGGUCAAACUUCGGUCAAUCGUUAACUUAUGGAAGUGCACCACCUGCUAGCAGUCGCCAACUUUCUACCACAUCUAGCUCUGCAAACACUGCCUCUGGCUCUGAGAACUGGGAAACUUAUGGAGAUGUUUCUGAGACUGAGCCAGAAGAAGACUCAAAUGAGGAUUAUUUCGCAAAACUUCGAGCUGCCAGGGCGAAUCGAUACACUCCAGAAGAUGAACCUCCUCCAUUCCGCGGUAGUGCUACUGUCAAUAGCAGCAUGAUGAAGAAAAAAGGUUAUCCACUUUAUAAAGGACCUGCUGGGCAAGUCCUUAGUAAUGAUCGAUUGUGCACUCGGAUUGUAUCUGGAAGUGAAGCUAAUUGGACAGAUGAAGAUGCCUUUUAA